GCAGCCGCGCAGCCGAUGGCAGCGUCCUCUCCCGCCGUCGCUGUGGGCUCGGAGCUGCCGCCGGAGCCGGGCGGCAGCGGGGGCCCUGGCGAGGCGGCGGACGGGGAGCGGGAGCUGCUGCUGGCGCGACUGGUGCCCGCGAGCCGCCUGAAGGAAGCGGUGGGCGCGUCCCUGGCGUCGCUGUGCCUCGGCCCCCUCGGCGGAGCGCAGCGUCUCGGGACCCUCGUGGACUGCCUGGUGCUGAACUACCGCCUGCGGCAGGGGCCGGGCCGGGGCAGGGAGCGCGAGGCCGAGGGGCCGCUGCGCUGCUGCGGCUGCGGGAGGUUCCUGGGCGAGCCGGUGACCGUCCCGUGCGGGCACACCUACUGCCGCCGCUGCCUCCGCAGGGAGCUGCGGGCCCGCUGCCGCCGCUGCCGGGACUGGCUGCUGCCGGCGGGGGGCACCAGCACGGCCGCGGCCCCGAUGCGCACCAGCGUUGUCCUCAACCGGCUGGCGGAGAAGUGGUUCCCGGGCGAGUGCGAGAGGGCGAGGGCCGGGAGCCGGCUGGAGGAGCUGCUGGCCCAGGGCCGCUUCCGAGAGGCGCUGGGCGCCGCCAGCCAGGCCCUGCGAGCAGAUUCCAGUGACUUGAUGCUUAGGAUUUACAGAGCUGAGUCAUAUGUUGGCCUCCAAGAAUAUAAAACAGCCAUAGAAGAGCUAAAUUUUGUUAUUUCUAAAAUGCCAAAUUGGCCAGAGGUCUACUUCCGGAAAGGAAAAGUGCUGCAAGACUCUGGCUUUGUAGGUGAUGCCUUACAGCUGUUUCUACAGUGCUUAGCCCUUGAUGAGGACUUUCUUCCAGCCAAGCUAGAAGUAGAAAAGACAUUGUGUGAUGUUUUGUCACCAGAGAAGCUAGGUGAGAGUUUGAAGGAAUCUGCUUGGAAUUCAGUCCAUAUUCGAAAUAAACCUUUUCUGCUUGGUUCUGAGGUGACUGCAUCUUACUGCAACUUACAAAACUGUCCUCAGCAGAGUUCAGGAGGAUCAGAUGUACUGAAGCCUGUCAGUGGAGGCUUAAAUCGUGCACAGUCUGCCCAUGCUCUUAAUUCAACAAAAGACCUUGCCAAGGACGAUGGCUUAAAGAGAGUGUCUUCUGAACCCCUUCUCUCUGGCCAAGGAAAAAGUGCUUUGUUAAAAAGAAAGCUUUCCUUUUCAGAACAGGAUACAGUUGUAUGUGAAGAUGGAAGAAACAAACACAAAAAGCAAGGAGAAAGUACAAAAAGGGAUGUGACACUGGCCUUUAGAACAAUUCCAGGGGAUUUGAUUGAUGUAUCAGAUUUUGAGUGUUCUCUAUGUAUGAGGCUAUUCUUUGAGCCAGUGACAACCCCUUGUGGACAUACUUUUUGCAAAGGUUGUUUGGAACGAUGUUUAGAUCAUGCUCCACAGUGUCCACUCUGUAAGGAGAGCUUGAAAGAGUACCUUGCAAGCAGAAAAUACAGUAUCACAGAACUGCUGGAGGAAUUAAUAAUGAAAUAUUUGUCUGAUGAAUUAUAUGAGAGAAAAAGAAUUCAUGCUGAAGAAACUGCUGAACACUCCAACUUGACCAAGAAUGUUCCCAUGUUUGUUUGCACUAUGGCAUAUCCUACUGUGCCUUGCCCUCUACAUGUAUUUGAGCCAAGAUACCGACUCAUGAUUCGCAGGAGUAUGGAAACUGGAACUAAACAGUUCGGGAUGUGCAUAAGUGAUUCUCAAAAUGGUUUUGCAGAUUAUGGUUGCAUGCUGCAAAUAAGGAAUGUUCAUUUUCUACCUGAUGGACGGUCUGUUGUUGAUACAGUUGGUGGAAAGAGAUUUAGAGUUUUACGGAGAGGGAUGAAAGAUGGUUAUUGCACUGCAGACAUUGAAUAUUUGGAAGAUGUUAAGGUUGCUAAUGAAGAAGAACUAAAGAAAUUGACAGAGCUUCACAAUUUUGUUUACAAUCAGGCCUGCAGUUGGUUCCAAAACUUAAGGAACAAAUUUCGCACUCAGAUUCUUCAGCACUUUGGGCCAAUGCCUGACAGGGAGGAAAAUAUACAGGCAAUGCCCAAUGGUCCUGCUUGGUGUUGGUGGCUUCUAGCUGUUCUCCCAGUAGACCCCAGAUACCAGCUGUCAGUUCUCUCCAUGAUGUCUUUAAAAGACCGUCUGAUAAAAAUCCAACAUAUACUCACAUAUUUUUCUAGAGACCAGUCCAAGUGACUAACCGCCUGGGUCUUCCUGAAAAGUUACUCUGUUCUGGUUGUAGUAGCAGCUGGAAUUUUUGCUGCCUUUGCACAUCUAGUACUGGUUUGAGAAGUGUAAUGGAACUGUUUUUUCUCUCCUCUCCACCCUCUCCACUUCCUGAACCACGUGGUUCUUUGAAUGCACACUUUCUUCAACUAUGAGAGAAGACCACUGACGAUUGCACAAAGUCAAUCCAGCUAGAUAUGUUUUUCACACCUACAUUAAAAUUUGCACUAUGUAGAAGAGAACCUUUUUGAGACUUGAUCAUUUUAGCAACUGACUUUUUUAAGCUGUGGAAGUGCAGGACUUAAGGCUGACAGUCCAAGUUUACAGCACUGAGGAGGUAUUAAAGGUUUUGCAAAUGUUUGCCUCGUACAACUGUUCUUUUGCUGUUUGCACAAAUAUUUGAAAUAUAGUAUUGAAUGUUACAGUUGGAUAUUACUACUCUUGUUGAAUUAUCUUGACCAUGAAUGAGGCACAGAUUUUUAAGUUUCUUGUAAUUGUAUGCAUCACAAAAUAGGUGACAUUAUGAACUGUAUGCUGAACUGGGAGCCUAUUU